CAACCAAUAGGAUGGGAUGACAGGGGCUGAAUGGGAAACGAGAAGAGAAGUCGCGCAAACGCAUUUCUUGUGAAAAGCAAUAAUUGUGGUGGCAAAUUCAGUCUAUUUUAAAUACAGUCCUUGAUGACUCGAUAGAAAGGCCUCCACCAUGGGUGAACCACAGCAGGUGAGUGCCCUGCCUCCCCCUCCCAUGCAGUACAUCAAGGAGUACACGGACGAGAACAUCCGCAAGGGGCUCGCCCCCAAACCCCCUCCUCCCAUCCGAGACACCUACAUGAUGUUCGGCAACCAGUUCCAGUGUGACGACCUGAUCAUCCGACCACUGGAGAGCCAGGGCAUCGAGCGGCUCCACCCCAUGCAGUUCCACCACAAACGGGAGCUCAAGAAGCUCAACAUGUCCAUCCUGGUGAAUUUCCUGGAUCUCCUGGACAUCCUGAUCAAGAGCCCUGGCAGUAUAAAGAGAGAGGAGAAGCUGGAGGACCUCAAGCUGUUGUUUGUCCACAUGCACCAUCUGAUCAAUGAGUACCGUCCGCACCAGGCCAGAGAGACCCUGAGGGUGAUGAUGGAAGUGCAGAAGAGACAGCGCCUGGAGACGGCAGAGAGGUUCCAGAAACAUCUGGAGAGGGUGAUGGAGAUGAUCCAGGGGUGCCUGGCCUCCCUGCCCGAUGACCUUCCCCAGACUGAGGGCUCGAGUGGGGCUGGGGAUGGGGCGAGAGGUGGUGGAGCUGGGGCUGGAGGGGCGUUGGGGUUGGCCGCCAGGCUAAAGACUGAACCUAUGGAUGUGGAGGAGGCUGGGGCUAGCUGUAUGGCUGUUGGGCCACAACAGGACAAAAGCACAGGUGGUGCUGCUAAGAAGGACAGAGUGUGGGACAAGGAUGCAGCCAUGUGUAGUAUUAUCGACGAGAUUGCAUGAGUUUUGUAUUUAGGGCUGGGGUCUCUACAGCAGGGUGCAAUGAUGAAUGUUCAGAUAGGAAUGUGUUCUGUAGAACAUAUGAUUGUCUGUUGUGAAUCGAGUCCACUCUAUUCAUUAUAUUUCUAUAUGCAACGUUCAGAUUCAAAACGAUUCACCUUGCUGAAUAUAGGUUUCUCCUGUUUGUUUCAUUGGUGUUAUUGGUCUCGGUUUUGUAUGCUUAAUGUAGUUAUGAUCACAUACGCUGUCUGCAGUUGUAUAGUAUUUUUCUUAAGUCAAAGCUUUACUGAAAUGAUAUGUCAUGGACUAUGAAGACACACACCUUCCUUGACUUGAGACAUUUGGAAUAUCAUUGAGGUUUGGAUGCUCCUAACAUUCAUAAUUUGAUAAAGAAGUUAAUAAAGCAAUUUCCAAG